GAAAAGCAGGAGAAUCUGCAAACCAAUAAUAAAAGUUCAGAUAAGCAACAAAUGCAAUAUCAAGAUGUGGAAGAAGUGGUUAUGGAAGAAGAAGAAACCUCUUUGGCAAUAUACAAGGCAAUUAACAAGAAAGCAGCAAAAAGACAAGACAAGUUAGAAAGGCAAAUGGAACAGAUGGGAAAAAUGCUAAACGAACUUUUGGAAGAUGGUUGGCUAUCACCUAGUAAAAAGAGACAACAAUACAAAAGGCAGUAG